AUGUCUUUGCCAAUUGGAAUGCAUCAUAGGGCAUUCAGUUAUGAAGAUGUCCUGGAGGAUUCCACACUGAUGACUCUGCCUUCAUCUGACAUGUGCAAUAAGGUUCUGUGGAAAAAGCUGGUCAUCCCAGAUCAGAAGUACCAUCAACUUUCCAAGGUUGAGGAAGGAGACAAUAGUCUCCAUAAGCCCCUCAGUUUCCAGUGUGACCAAAUGAAUAAGGCCCCAGUGGUGAAGGCCAAGGCAAGGCAAGUCAUCAUGAAUUCUCUAAUUACAAAAGGGACACAAGAGAGCAUCCAGUGCUUUGAGCAGGGAGCAGAGCUGACAGAUGCAGGAUACACUCCCCAUAAAGGCUUCAUCACUGAAGAAGCCAAGUACCACUGUAUGGUAGAGGCAGUCCAUAAACUGAAGUUGCAAAAUGGAGAAAUGACAAAAGAAGAUAGACAACCCAGUCCACUCCAAGUAGUAUAUCCUUCUUCUCCCAAGCAAAAGCCCAGAGGCUGGUUUACUCAUGGAUCUUCUGCUUCCUUACCUGGCCUAGAUGUCAGCAGCAUGGACUCUGGAAAUGGAGAUAGAGACAAACCCUCAUCUGAAAAAUGGAGCCUUUUUGGACCAAGAACCCUUCAGAAAUCCAACAAGGGUUUCAGUGUCCAGUGGUACAAAGGUACUCAGAAGCCAUCACCAAUGGAACUCUUUCGGGUUCAGGCUACUAGAAUUGCAGAAGACCCAGAAGCCUUAAAGACACCUAAAAUGGACUUUCCAGUGAUGGAAGGAAAGAAACAGCCUUCACAGACCCAUAACCUAAAACCAAAGGACAUAAAUGUGUUGAUUCCUAUAGGGUUCUAA